GGAAAACUUUCAGUUUCACCAAGGUUGCUGUGUUAGCAAGAUUGUGUAGUUUCUGAUCGGGUUCUUAUUGAGUUGAGAGGGAGCAGAAGAUAUACAAUACUCGAUGGCGCCGGGAUUAAUCCAAAUAUUCGUUUACGGCAUAAGACGAGACGUUACCACCAUAAAUAUUCACAAGGAUGCAACCGUCAAGGAAUUAUUCACUAUGAUUUCCCAAAAGAAGGGCAUACCAGUGGACCAAAUGCGCGCAAUUUACACCACAAAACAAUUGGAGAUAGGUAAACGUUUGUCAGAUUACGGAGUGCAAAAUGAGUCCAACGUGUUCUUGGUUCUUCGUCUGCCCGGUGGGUCUGAACGAUCAAUUCCACCAGAAAAAGAAUUGGAUGAUGCAGUGGAACUGAGUAAUGACCCGGAUAUGAUUACGUGGGACGAUGACCCUGAGAACAAGAGAGCCAAGAUGUCUUGCGGGCAUGCUAUAACUCCAGAAUCCCUGACAGCCUUCUGCCGUAGUAUCUUAGACGCGGGCCGGUCCCAAUUUUUGUGUCCUUACAUCAGCCAAGACCAGCCACCCGUUUAUUGCCGCAAGGAGUGGGACUACAUAGACGUUCGUCGCUUGGCUGUUUUGUCAGAAGAAGAAAUUGAAGAGUUUGAAAAAAAGAUCUCCCGGAACUAUCUGAUCAAGGGCAUGGGUAUUCAAGAAUGUCCGAAAUGCAACUCUAUGGUGCAACGAAGUGAGAAAAAGCUGAUACGAGUGGUUUGCCCUAUUUGCAGCAUGAAUAAAAGCAAUGCUUUCGAGUUUUGCUGGCAUUGUAUGCACGAAUGGAAAAAUAAGCAAAGCACGACCGUGUGUGGAAAUGAAGACUGUUCAUGUGAGGACAGACGUCUCAAGAUGCUUCGGAAUUGUCUCAGGAAAACUAUCAUUGGAGUAGUGGGGUGCCCCUCUCUACGGGCUUGUGUGUCCUGUGGCAUGAUGAUUGAGCAUGUUAAAGCUUGUAAGCACAUGCGCUGUCGCUGUGGUAAAGAAUUCUGUUUCAUCUGCCUGAAGCUUAAAGAACCUAGCGGCUGGAAGUGUGGAAGGUACAAUGAAGCAUGCAAAGUGGCAGCUGUGCAAACCACAAUUCCUGGAGAUAAUUAGUGCCCAAAAAUUUCUCUGUUGCCCGAUAAAGUGAGGCUCAGAAGGUUACCAAGCAGAGGAGUUAGAAGAGUUACUUACCAUCAUUUUAAGUAACACUGGUUUAGCAUCAUAGAUAAUUGUAUUUAAACAGUAAAUAAGAAACAAUAGACAAUUGGUUUGACUUCAGUUGUUGAUCGAUGGUGAACUGCAACAUAGAAAUUAAGUCAAACAGAGUGUUGAAGAUUGAUUCAUGAUACUUGUGGUUGUACUAACUAAAGCUGUUCAAAUCUUGAUGAUCAAGUUGGCUGCUUUUUAAGGCCUCCAUUCAGUGGGUUUCAUAAGUUUUCUGUUCAAUGUGUAAUGUUUCUACUUAAACGGUGCUUUCUAUUGAAGCGGAAUUUUAAAGCAGUGUUAUCUUAACUGGUGAUUGUCAAUAAAUGUCAUCCUAUCCACCCAG